AUGCCGAUUAAGAUCAAACUUCCCAACGGUACCAACCUAGGGUCGGUCGCAAAGCACUUACGAAGCUCUCUUAAAUUACCUCUAUCGGUCACAGAGAAGUUGAAGGCUUUCAAGAGGACGGAAACGGGUGCUAAAGUCAGUGAGAGUUGGGCUCACACCAAAGAGGCAGCGUAUGAUGCCUACAUCAAGAAUCCGGCAUGUUAUAGGGGAGGAGGUGGAAGUGUUCAUACUAGAGGGAAGCCGGGUACUCCAUCGUAUUACCGAGCCAUGCAUCCUCAACGUAUAACUUACCAAUUCAACGACCAGCAUAGACAGAAGGAGUACGACGAGUUCCUCGCCAAUCGAUCGGCAAUCCCGAUGCCGCGUGGUCAGGCUAGAGGUGUCUCUGAGACCUUCUACAAAGACUCAUGA